CCCGGCAGCAUUCUUUGUUGGCGCAUCAUACUUUUGCUUCAGAUUAUUAGAAUUCAAGGAUUAUAUUAAUAGAAAAAUUCAACUGUUGAUAAAUCGGAGAGUAAGAUUCUAUUGUCGCAUUGCUUCAAAAAACUACAAGAUGGAUGAAGUUGGAAGUAGAAAUUUCACUAGAGCCAUUGAGAUAGAAGAAAUUUGUUUUCAAUUGAUGGAACAAAUAAUAAAUGGACGUGCAAUAUUGAAAAUUAAUUCAGAAGAUAGUUCGAGUAGUAUUCAAGAGACUGAUGAAUUUUUAUUUGAUAGUAAUGACAGCAAAAAAUGUCAGAAGUCAAUAAAUUUUAAACGAAAAACAAGUAGAGGUAACUUUACUUUAACCAUAAAUGCCCUACAACGAGCACAUCAAAUGCUUCUUGGUGGAUUGAAGGAAAAAAUUAAUAUCAGAUCAUUUUUUUAUGAAUUGAAACCUUACUAUGUUGAACUUAAAGUAGAAAAGGUUAAUAAUGCUGUUGAGAAUAUUCGAAAAUUAUUAAAUUGCAACCGAUGGGACCUUGGUUUUACCGCAACAAGCAAAGGUCUAGUUGCUGGUGAUAUUACUUUGAAAUUUCAAGACAAGUCAAUUGUUUAUAAAUCAUCUCAAGGUGAUUUAAUUCCACAAGAGAUAAAUGAAUUAUGUUCCAUUGAAACAAAUGCAAAAUAUAUUCUGGUUGUUGAAAAGGAUACAGUUUUUCAAAAAUUAAUAGGAAAUAGAGAAAAACUUCUUGUACGUGAGAAUUGUAUUAUGAUUACAGGAAAAGGAGAACCAGAUAUUCCUACAAGAAUUUUAGUGAAUUAUUUGUCGGAAAUUGAAAAUAUUCCCACGUUUAUUUUAGUUGAUAACAAUCCUCAUGGUUUUGAAAUCAUGUGUACUUAUCGAUUUGGAUCUAAAAAUCACAAGCAGUGGGCUGCUCCAUCUGCAAGAUGGUUAGGUAUUCAUCCAAUAGAAAUGAAACCGCUUCAAAUAAAAACGACGACUUUAAAAGAAAUUGAAAAGAGUAAGCUGAAUAGCCUCAUGAUACGAAAUGAUAUACAAUUAUCUAAAGAACUUAAAAAGCAACUAAAGAAAAUGAAGAAAAUUGGAAAGGCUGAUGUUGAGAGUGUUAUGAAACUUGGCACAAAUUAUUUCUCAACUUCAUAUAUUCCUGUAAAAAUAAAAUUGAAAGAAUUUUACUAAAAUUAUUUA